AUUUAAAUGGAAGCAAUCGAGCAUGCUUAAUAUCAGUAAGUAGUAAAGUUUUCGUUUAUUCAGAAAAGGCAAAAUGUGGCAAUCACUAGUUUUCUUUCUGGCCACAAUUGUAGUGGUCUCCAAAGGGUCAGAACUGGGUCUGAGCCACCAAAUUCACCUUCUCCGGCCAAAAUCUGGUUCCGGGGGUGACAUUGUUCCUAAUGUUUCAUGCCUGAGUUGGCGAGUUGGGGUGGAAGCUCAUAACAUUAUUGGCUGGUCAACGGUUCCGAAAGAGUGCGAAGGCUACGUGGGGCAUUACAUGCUGGGAUAUCAGUACAGGAAGGACUCCAAAGUGGUUGCUAACGAGGCUAUACUCUACGCUCAGAGUCUCAACCUCACUGGAGAUGGCAAGGAUGUUUGGAUCUUUGACAUAGACGAGACUACGCUCUCUAAUCUGCCUUACUAUGCCGAGCAUGGAUUUGGGGCGGAGCCCUAUAAUUCUACGCUAUUCAACGCAUGGAUCCUGAAAGGAACACAACCGGCAUUGCCGGAGUCUCUGAAUCUGUACAAGAAACUAUUAUCUCUUGGGAUCAAGGUUGUAUUCAUAACAGGAAGAGGAGAAAGCCAAAGAAAAGUCACGACAACCAAUCUAAAGAAUGUUGGGUACCACACUUGGGAGAAGCUUAUACUCAAGGGCUCGGCAUACUCCGGAAAAACCGCCGUCGUGUACAAAUCAAGUGAGAGGAGGAACUUGGAGAAGAAGGGUUAUAGAAUCGUUGGGAACAUUGGUGACCAGUGGAGCGAUCUCUUGGGACAUCAUGUCGGCAACCGGACAUUCAAGCUACCCGAUCCGAUGUACUACAUUAGUUGAUGAUCAUUAAUUGUGUAAGAGAUAAAAUCAAAUCAAGAGUUCGGUUUGGUUAUUAUAUAUUAUCAAGAAGUCUUGCAUAUAUGUAUUCGUAAUAAUUAUCAUGACAUUUAUCUCUCAUUUUCUAUAAAUUAAUGAACUUAUGUUCUGUCUUCAAUU